CGUACUUCAUAAGGAGUCCGGAUUUAUAAGCAGUCCGGAUUUUUUACCCCACCAUUGACCACCCUACACACUUUCAAUCUACAUAACUUACCCAAUUAUUGUUCAAAUGUCUCGAAAAGAAGGUCAAAUUGCUCUUGCAAUCAGUGCAUACAAUAAGGGUCAAUUUACAAGUUUAAAAGCAGCUUGUACAAGGUACGAUGCGCCAUAUUCUACUACUUACGACCGUGUCAAGGGAGCUAUUCCACAACGCGAUUUCCGACCCCGAAACCAGAAACUCACCGACCUCGAGGAAUCAGCACUUAUACAAUGGAUGUUAUCAAUGGAAGCUAGAGGUCUGCCAGUACGGAAAGAUUCGAUACGCCAAAUGGCCGAUUUACUACUGGAAAAGCGAACUGGAGUAGGUCGAAUUAUUGUCGGAAAAUGCUGGGUUGACAACUUUAUAAAGCGCCACGACUCUUUACGGACGAAAUACACUCGUAAAUACGACUAUAAGCGCGCAAAAUGCGAGGAUCCUACGAUUAUCCGAGAUUGGUUUCGAUUAGUACAUAAUAUUGUUGCGAAAUAUGGUAUACUAGCGGAGGAUAUAUACAAUUUCGACGAGACUGGCUUUCAGAUGGGAGUAAUUGCGACCGCAAAAGUUGUUACAGGGUCAGAAUAUACAGGACGGGCUAUUCAUAUACAACCAGGGAAUCGCGAAUGGGUUACAGUUGUCGAAUCAAUUUGUGCAGAUGGAUGGGUGUUGCCUCCAAUGGUUAUAUUUGAGGGCAAGGUGCAUAUAUCGACUUGGUAUACAGAUCAAUUACCAGCAGAUUGGACAAUUGCACUUAGUGAUAAAGGGUGGACCAAUGAUUCCUUAGGUCUUAAGUGGCUUUCAGACGUAUUUGAGAAAUAUACCAAGGACCGUGUAAAAGGAGUAUAUCGACUUUUAAUCCUCGAUGGCCAUGGUAGUCAUUCUACUCCCGAAUUCGAUCUUUUCUGUUCAGAACAUAACAUCAUAACGCUUUGUAUGCCACCGCACUCAUCUCAUCUUUUACAGCCAUUAGAUGUUAGUUGCUUUGCAGUUUUAAAGCGACUUUAUGGACGAGGAGUCGAGGAGCUAGUACGAGCCGGCACAUAUCAUAUCGAUAAACCAGACUUCCUUUCAAUAUAUCGUGUAGCCCGUACAAGUACUAUGGUCAAAAACACAAUCUGUAAUGGAUUCGCAACUACUGGCCUUGUCCCGUACAACCCAGAUCAAGUAUUGAGUAAAUUACAUACUCAAUUACAUACGCCUACUCCUCCUUUACUUUCUCCAAACCUACUACCUUGGGUCCCUGAGACACCCCAUAAUACAUAUGAGGCAGAUCAGCAAACCCAGACAAUUAAAGCAUCUAUUAAACGACGUACAAACGUUCUCUCAAGCCCUACUGCUAUUGCAUUAGAUCAAUUGGUUAAAGGGUGUAAGAUGGCUAUGCAAUCAGCUACGGUUUUGGCAGAGGAAAAUCGACGUUUACGAGCUGAAUCUGAACGUCAAAAGAAGAAGAAGACUGUGCGACGUCAAUAUAUUGCUACUGGGGGUGUUCUUACAGGUCAGGAAGGGAGGGAACUUAUUCAAAAUAGUGAUAAUAUGGUUUUGGAUGAAGCUGUGGCCCCGCUAAUUGAACCACGAAUUCGUGCACCACGAACCUGUAGUAUAUGUAGAUCACUAGCGCAUACUGCUCCUAGGUGCCCAGAUCGAGAAUAA